AUGGCAGACCAUGAAAAGCAAAUUGAAGGGUUUGGAAAAGAUGAUGAUUUCUGGCUAUUUGGAUAUGGGCAGGUCUUCCCCUUAGCCUCCCUGGGAAGUCAUGCACAAAAGCUAAUACGAUGGAUUGCAUAUAGGAGUCUAAUAUGGAAACCACCGCCACACUAUGAUCAGAGGAUUCCGGGCUACAUCGAGGGCUAUGUACGGAGGUUCUGGCAGACUCUGGUGCUUAGCGAAGACCACCGCGGCACCCCUGAAGCUCCCGGACGUGUUGUUACGCUGAUUGAUAGGGCGCAUUGGGAGACGUUGACUGACCAUCAUGCCUCAACCGAGAGGGUCUGGGGCGCCGCAUAUCACAUUCCGUCUUCCAAGGUUGCUGAAGUCCGUUCAUACCUCGAUAUCCGGGAAAUAAACGGCUACAGCAUCCAGUUUACGCCAUUCCACCCUGCGCCCUUUAUUGUUUCCAUCAGCUCUCCUCCUUCAAUUCCAGCUCCAACACCCACAACCCAAGGUCACACUUACAAUCACAAACCCACUAGCUCAAUAACCGCGCACACCGAAAUCUUCGCUCGACCGCUUUCCACACCAUCGCCAAUAAUCUGCCUCGUAUACAUCGGACUCCCCUCCAACCCGCAAUUCCUAGGACCCCAGGACCCGGAUACGCUGGCGCGGCAUAUACUGAAGAGUAAAGGGCCAAGCGGAGAGAAUAAGGAGUAUUUAUAUUUGCUGGAGAGGAGUUUGCUGGAGCUAGGAGUGGAUAGUGGAGAUAGGCAUGUUAGUGAUUUGGUGAGAAGGUGUAAGGAUAUUGAGAGUGCGUACUUGAGCGAGGGGAUGGAGGGGAUAGAUGCUAAGGCCGACAGUGGGGAUGGAGGAACAGAGGAGACAGGGGAGACAAGGGAGAAGGCGGGGGAGGUGAUAGGCGAGCGGUUGCAUAAGGUUGGGAGUACAGAGGAGCAAGAGGAGGUUGAGAAAUGA